AUGACAUUUCGGUUUCCGGGCUCGCUCGUGAACAGAGCUUUGCGCAGCCGAAUUCUCACCGCGCAGCAAUACCGUGCUACUACUGCAUCCCAACGACUACCACAGACAUGGAUCGCGUCAAGUGACUACCGCCGCUAUACUUCUUCCUCCUCCUCCCACAACCGCUCUUCCGAUAGAGAUAGCGAUUCUCGCCGCAUAGGACAUGGCCCAGAGCGCUACGAGAGGGUUGGCGAUAAACAUUUUAAAAAUCGACAUGGCAAUAGACGGGAUGUUCAGGAUGUUAAAUCUAGGGAGAAUCAUGACGUUUUGAUGGCUAUUGCGUCGGGUUCGUUCACUGGGCGGUACAACGAGCGCGAAGCUGAAAGUGAGGCUCUGGAUCCCGAGGCUGCUGAAGGCGAGGACCUGGAAAACGAUCCCUAUGAUUAUCAGGACGGUGAAAACGAGGUGCAGGAGAACGAUGUCUCUGAUGACCAGACAUCCAAAGAAGAAGAUAUUGAGGCCGAUACCGCCGAAGGCGAGACCCCCGAGAACGACAGCUUUCGUGCCCCGCCUGGAGGAAUGCCCAAGCUCACACCUAAGAUUAUCAAUGAGGAGUUGAAAUGGUUGAACGACCCUCGCAGAAUGGCGGAUCGGGUCGCGCGCAUUUUGCACAGUGGUAACCCGGCCCUGGCGGCGGCCUUGGUUCGUGCUGGAACAAAGCAGGGCUUGAGAUGUGAUGUUGCCUGGAAUCAUCUUCUGCAAUACUGCAUGGAUCAAAAUCACCCGCUGGCUGCGUUCAAGUUCUACAAUGAUAUGAAAAAGCGUGGCAGGAAACCAACUCCCAGAACGUACACGAUCAUGCUGAAGGGCUUCAGCUCAGCCCCGAGGUCACUAGCUAUGGCCAAGACUGCCGCCUCUGUAUACCGCUCGAUCGAUUCACCAAACUCAGGAGUCAAGCUUGAUAUCAUACACACCAACGCUAUGCUUACAGUUUGCCAUCGUCAUUGGGACAUGGAUCGGCUGUGGAAAAUUGCCGGUGACCUACCCGAAGAGGGACCAGGUGCCCCGGAUGCUACCACAUACACCAUUAUCUUGAACGCUGUCCAAUUUGCAGCUCGCAGAGAUGUGGAGAAAAAGUCUCCCGAUCAGAUUGAGGAGAUUCUCGAACGGAAAGCCCAGGUUAUUACCGAAGGCAAGCGGAUUUGGGCCGAUAUCAUCUGGCGUUGGAAGAACCAAACCUUGAAAAUUGACAAUGAACUUGUCAACGCCAUGGCCAGUUUGCUUCUGGAAGGAGGCAGUGAUAUUGACUGUUACAAUGUCAUGGAAUUGUACAAGCAAACCAUGGGAAUUCCCAUACUGCAAAAGCGACCCACCGAGAACGAGAAGACGACCCGACGCAGAAUCACCCCCGAACAAACUCAAGCCAUUGAAGUCCAAGAGGCUACAAGGCAAUCAAAUAUGGAAGAUGUUCCGUUCGUAGACGAAAACAAUCGACCAAUCGAAAAUUUGAAAUCGGCCGCGGAAGUUGAGCAGGACUUGAUAAAAGAAGUUGAGGAGACGCUGAAAGAGGAGGAAGAAAUGGAAGAAGUGGAGGAGGAAGAAGAAGAAGACUUCACAGAACUCUUCAAACCCGUCGUUCCCCAGGCGGAGGAGCUAUCAUUCCUCAAACCAGACAGCAAGGAACUGACUCUUAUCCUGAAUGCUUGUUUCACCAUGACCCAAGGGUCCGAGGGUGGGCAGGCCUACUGGAAACAUAUGACUUUGGAAGACCACGAAUACCGCAUUGACCCCGACACCUUCACCUACAUCCAAUAUUUCCGCCUCCUCCGCAUCUCUCGCUCCAGCAAAAUCAGUGUCAAAACCAUGCGGGAGCAAAUGGUUCCCUCCGGCCAAGCAACCGGAACAGCAUUCCACGUCGCUCUCAGUGUCUGCCGUCGUGAUCGCCGCAACCACUCAGUUCUCCAACACGCGAAUGAGCUGCUCGCUUUGAUGGACAAAGCAUUGAUUCUACCUGAUAUUCGCGUCCUCGAGGGCUAUCUGGAAACGAUCCAGAUCCUUUCUGCCAACCCGUCUGUCCUUCUACACCUCAGAGGACUCGAAACAGCCGAAACCUCCAAAUCUUCCAAAUCCACUAAAUUGCACGAGAUGGGCAGGAAGCUACAAGCGAAGCUGCGACUAGCUGCUGUCGCCACCUUACGGCCAUAUAUCCUCCAGCUGCAUGAGGCAAUGGAGAACGGCAAACCAGAGUCAAAGACUCGCUGGAGUGCCAUCCAGAACACAAUGUCAGAUUCUGUCGCCGGUCCGGCGGCUGUGAAGAUCAUGUCGCGGGUUCGUCUGGUGGUUGACGACACCCUCAAGCUUGACUAUAAGACUUAUGUUUCCAAGACUGAGCGCAAGGCCCUUGAGGCUGACUCGAAGAUGCUGAAGAAGUAUUCUGACAAGGAUGUUAUUGCGACUUGGAAGAGAAAGAAGGUAUACCCGACGAUUCAGCAGAAGGAGGAAGCCCGGGAACGCAUCAAAAAGUUCCAGUGGGAGGCUCGCAACUCUCGGAGUGAAGAAAGUUCGGAUCAGCAAGAGGAAUUUUCCUCGUGA